AUGUUCACCCAUCGCCCUGUUCGUCUCAUGCGGGUUUUGUGUCUCACGAUGAUCCCGGGCGGGGGCGCCCUGACCCCUGCGCUCAUCCGCCUGGGCUACACCCCUUAUCACCUCCUGCGGUGCUUUCAGGACGGCAACGCCAGCUCCCACACCACCGCCUGGGCCGAAAUGCUAAAGGGCGACCUCGCCUUCCAGGGAAAGCGGUUCGCGACCUACGACAGCCUCGUUGGGCCCCCGACGACGCUGCUUUAUGAUUCUAUCUUGCGAGACUGCCCGGGCUAUACGAAAGUGGUGCUCGUUGUGGAGCCGCGGAAGGAUCAAUGGGCGGAAGAGUAUGAUAAGUGUAUGGAAACACUCCGUGGGCACCUGCGGCGCCUCGGGAACUUGAAAAAGUUUAACGCAGCGUUUAUAGAUCUGAUUGAACAAAUGGUGGUGCGGGGAGGGGGGGAUCAGGCGGAUUUCUCUUCCACGUCUCUUUCCAACAACGAUUUCAUUCAUAGUGAGGGAGCCGCACAUCCAAAGGUCCAUGCAUCUGUAGCCUCAAGAGUUUCGGAUGGGGGUUUGGAAGAUGGUAAAAAGGCGAAAGAUGUGUGCAUGGAGGCAGAAGCGACGAGCUCUCGCGCAAUUGCGCUUUGCCAGUUCGAGGAAAGCGUUAAAAUUCGAGUGCCGGCGGAGCGAUUGUUGGUGUACCGAUACGGCGACGGCUGGGGACCGCUCUGCGCGUUUCUCGAGAAGCCGAUCCCAGACGAUCCCUUUCCUGCCUACGAUAACGGGUUGCGGAUGCUCAAUAACUUGGUGGAGAAGGUGCUCUUUGUUGAUCUAAUCCGUAGGUGGUUACUUGUACUGUUUGGCCUUUGGCUACUCUUCAUGCUUUUGCCCUAUUUUGGCAAAGGGAUUACGUAUUUUAGUGAAAUGUUUCACGAAUAUUCUAUGGCAUUUGGACAUGAUGCAGAUUCAGGGGCUGUGUUUAAGUCUGUGAAAGUAUCUCCAAUUUGUGAGGUCGAGGAAUCCCCUCGUUGA